CCCCAAAGUGACGUCUCUGCAGCGGACGCCAUUUUGAUACUGAACACCGUGGGUGGAUCGGAUCGGGCGCGAAUAGACAGCAAAAUUUACACUUAAACACGUUGAUUACUUGGUCAACAAACGCCGAACAGACAUGUCAUCAGAUAACCAGGACACGGAGACGCAUUCGGAGCAGGUGGACGAGACUCAGGAAUCUCAGGACACAAACUCAAAUCCUGUGCGGACAGAUGAGGCCAACUUGAAAAUGAAGUAUCCCGGCUUGGGUCAAAAGCCAGGUGGCUCUGACUUCCUGAUGAAGAGACUGCAGAAAGGGCAAAAGUAUUUUGACUCAGGAGAUUACAACAUGGCCAAGGCAAAGAUGAAGAACAAACAGCUGCCUGCCGCAGCCGGUCCAGACAAGAACAUCGUUACCGGGGAUCACAUUCCAACCCCACAAGACCUUCCGCAGAGAAAGUCCUCAUUGGUUACAAGUAAACUGGCUGGCUAACAUCACCCGUAGGUUUUGAAAAAACCCUCUUAGCAAACUUCCAAAACUUCCCCAGCCCCGCCAGACCAGCUUCAUCAGGACUGGUUAUCAAUUUAUUUUGUUUCACUUGUUUUCAUUUGGGUGUAGAGUCUUGCUGUCAUUUUUGUUUCACUUCAGUAGGUCUAACCAACCCAGCUCUGUUACCCUUUUCAUAUGGUCGGGAAAAACUUAACCCUCAGUACUCCAGGCCCCAGUGGAGCAUGAUGCACUUUACUCUGUGUACCCUGUACAUCAGUCAUAUUACGAACAAAACCCCGAAGACUUCAUAAAACGCUGUUAGAUGCUUUCAAAUAAUUUGAAAAUGAUUUAAGAUGGUUUUAAAAGGCAUUGUUUUAAAUAGAUAAUACUUGACCGCCAUUGGCCCCAGAUGUACAUUGGCAGCCCUCUAAUCAUUCGCAAUGACAAAAGAAUGAAUGUUUUAUGAGAAUUUCUUCGAAAAAGUCAGUGAACAAGUGGUUAGAGCAAUAGUGGUAAAGAGUGGCUGUGUAGCCUUCAUCCACUUCUCUACCUCUCGCUCUCUAAGUAUGGCUCAGUUUGACUAAAUAACAGCUGCUUACGACUGGAUUGUUUUACUAUUCUCAGCCUUUACCUUCCAUGGUAGGAUCUAAUCAAGCGGUUCCAAUCAGGCUGAUUAGAUUAUUGUAAUUGCAGCUUUUGGGUGUAAACAGAGAAUGUUGUAAUUCACUGAUAAUAGCCAAGAGCAGAAAUGGUCUUUGUGGCAUGAUAAGGGACUUAAGAAAAUGUAUCUUGUCAUAGCAUUCAGUAUGCGUCAAAAGUUUUGGUUUGGUAUGUUUAUAAAAAGUAGUGGCUAUUUGUGUUCAGUCUUACAGGCAUCUGGAGUCAUUGUGCUGUCACGUACACUAUCAGCAGUGUUUCUAUUAAUAGGAUUAAUGUGUGAUUAUUUCACAAUAUCCACAUAUGUAGUAUGAUGCACAUGACUCAUUUGAUCAUCUGGGAUGCAUUCAUCUUGUCUGUCUUAACAAAAUGAGUCUAUUCAGUCCUAAAUAUGUAUGUAUAUUCUAAGGAAUGAGGUGCAGAAGGAAAUUUGCAGAAUGGAGCAGCACCUUUGAUUCAAUAUUUGAAAAAUAUGUCAGAUCUAAAUAGUAAAAUGCUCUACUUAAACUUGAACACAGUUACAAGUUUAAACACUUAAAAAGUACUGGAAAAUAUUACCCAUAGAUUGCUUUGUUUGACAUGCAGCUUAUUAUUUGGUUUCAAACCAACAUAAAACAUACAAAUGACUGAAUAUUAUAUCCUAUGACCCAUUCUUUAUUAUCCGUGGUCUUUAAAGAGAUACCCUUUCUUAUCAUUUAGCAAAGUGUCCUUCUCCAUGGGACUCUGAUAAACCUCUGUAGCUUUUUCAAAGUUUAAAAAAGACUGCGCAGGCUGUUGUAAAUCAUUGGAAACUUUGUAGUGGAUCUUAACAGCUCAUUUAUUCCAGGUAGUAAGACCAGGUGCACUCUUUACAGAAUCCUAGUAUGAAGAUAGAUACCCUUAAAGGGGAAAUCUAGACUCAACCUAGGCAGUUUUACAGUCCAGGUGUCUAAGUCAGGAUUUGCAUAGUCUAAUCAAAUUGCCCCUUCUAAAACCACAUACCUGCCUACAUGUGGCCUGAAGAUAUAAAAGAAAAUGUGUUUAGCUAUGUGAAGCUAACUAAAAAACAUGUAUAUUAAUGCAUGUUGUUAUUGGUAGAAAAAAGAAAGAAAAGAAAAUACUGUAUAUCACUAUGUAAAUUUCACUAAAAGGUGAAUUACGUUUAAGGGAUUGAAUGUGUUUUUUUCCAUAUGUGGUUGAGGUGCUGGUGGCAGUUGGCAAUACAUCAGGGAAAUAUGAUGGUCUUGCACUUAGUAUUUGUCACUCGAUGGUAUGUGUGGAUGUACAAUGUUUCCUUUGAGGAAUGCGUUAUUGCACAAUGCUAGGAGAUAAUCUUAUUUUGUGCUGCAGCCAAAUUGUAAAUAGUCAAACUGUGCAUCUGGUGUCAUAUUUGUGCAUUUUGUCUUGCAUUAUCUGUCUCGGUUGUCUUUAGAAUUUUUAAAUGUUCUUUCCAAUAUUCACAAAGCUUGUGUUUUAUCUUUUUGUUAAUAUCGUGUGUCUGAAUCUCUCUCUGCUUUUUAAUGCUACAAGACGAGAAUAUCAUCAAAUCUAGUGUGAGAAAUGUAAAUAUGGGGUUUAAGGAUUCUUGCAUUGUAAUUAAAGAAAGCUUUGUAAUUGAAUGAAUUCAAUUCAGACAGGGCCGAACUGAAAACCUCCCCCUAUUCUGCAAUGUGAUAUUCAUGUAACAUAUUAACUGUAAACCAACUUAAGACUCUCUCGCUAUAUAUAGACACAGAAAAAUGUAUUCAUGAUUUGCAUAUGAAGCAUUUGGUGUUUAAUUAUUUCUAUUUUCAUCCCCAUAUAUAUAUAUAUAUAUGCAUUAUUGUUUCUGAUGUUUUGCUUGAAUUAAUUUGUGUUUGAAAAUGGAUUUCCAGAGUCAUUUGUUUCCUUAUAUUUACAUGAAAGGAUGGCUAAUCACGAAGCAAAGAUAGAUGUUUAAAAUGAAUAUUGGAGCUGUCUGAACCUCAAAUAAAGUUUUACAUUAAUAGCAAAAA